GCACGGGGAUGCGGCAUCACACAAUCGACGGUUUCAGUUUCAGAAGUAACUUCGGUGUAUCUAACCUACCCGUUAAGUUUUUUCAAAACUCACACACCUCUCAAGAAACAUAAUUCGCACUGUCUUGACCCGAAAUCGAUAUUAUUUCGACAUCACAUUUUUUAUUUAUUUUUGUAUAAAUCCAAAAUAAUAUUUUCUUUUAAAAAAUGGCGAAAUCGUUGCUGGUCUUCAGUGUGUUGUUUUUGGCCGUUGUUGCUUCUGUCAUUGCAGCCCCGACUCCUAAGAAACAAAUCUCGUUCAAUGUAUGCAAGAAAAACGAUCCCAACAUCGACAAGUGUCUGAGGACGGCCGUACAAAACGUCAUCCCGGACUUGGGCGAAGGUUACCCUAAACUCAGGAUUCCGGCCAUCGAACCGUUCGAGCUGCCGUCGUUGGAAAUCGACCACGGCAAGGGAUCCAGCAAGUCGGUCAGCAUCGACCUGAAGAUGAAGGACGUCAAGAUCAACGGUCUGACCAGCACAGUGAUCGAUUCCUUGAAGACCGACCUGGACAACUACCGACUGAGCGGAAAGAUCAGUUUCACCAAGCCCCUUGAAAUCACGGGUCACUACACGGUCAACGGCAAAGUGCUCGUGUUGCCCAUCACCGGCAGCGGACCUUGCACCAUCGUUCUCCAUGACCCGAAAUUGGACUUGAAAGAAGUGGUCGCCACUCCGUACGAGAAGAACGGCAAGACCUACGUCCAAGUCAAGAAAAUCGACUUGAAGUUGACGAGCGUUAAGAAAUUGAACGUCAAAUUGGAAAACCUCUUCAACGGAAACAAACAACUCGGCGAAAGCAUGAACUCCAUCUUGAAUGAAAAUUGGUCAGUGCUCCUGGAAGAAUUGCAACCCGCAUUCGAAGAGGCAGUUGCCGCCAUUGCACAAGAUAUUGUCAACAAGGCGCUCCAGAAGACCGCCUACUCGGACAUCUUCCCCCAGUAGUCCGCUGUUCGCAGUAUUUCUCAAAUUGUUUCCUUAUACCAAAAAAUUGUAUUAUAAUUUUUUUUUUACUAAUUUAAUUUAAACUCACGUUUUAACGUUACCUACCCGGCUGGAUGCGCUAGAGUAGCUCGACAAAUAUGUCUUUUGUGAUCGACGCAAACGAGAUACUCACAUAUUUAUAUGAUGUACAGCGACCGAGGCUGGCGGGUAACUUAUUUAAUUUAUAUAUGAGAGUCUCGUUCUGAUUCUUUGACGACUCGAGGUUAUUUAUUUUUUAAAAGUUAAAUACUUUUUUUUUUCUUUUUGACCUAUUUAAAGUUAUUUAUUUAAAAAAAAGAAAUAAAUUAAAUUAUUAAUAUAAAACAUAA